AUGGCGGCCUCUAGAUGGCAGCGGCUGAACCCAUUCCAGAAGGAUCGUCAGGACUCUGCUGGCAGCUUAUCAAAGCCGCAAGAACCGUCUAAGGCAUCUGUCCAUGGCCUCAAGAUCGUGGCAGAGGGAGAGCAGCCGGUAGUGGACAUUGUUGCCGUCCAUGGCUUGAACGGACACCGCGACGAGACGUGGACGGCAGCGAACGGCACCCACUGGCUCCGCGAUCUCCUACCAAAUGACAUCCCAAAUGCGCGCAUAUUCUGCUGGGGAUACGAUGCGAACACGCACGGCAAGCGCGUUAGCCACCAAUUCCUCCACGAUCAUGCAGAGCAGCUAGUGUCCGACCUCUGCCUCAGGAGAAAGCGUACAAAUACCAUGAAACGACCAAUAAUCUUUGUGGCGCACAGUCUGGGUGGCAUCAUCGUCAAAGGCGCUCUCAUUCACUCGGACGCGGCGCGGAAAGGCGCACUAGAAGAACAUCGGUCGAUUAAGACGUCGACGUACGGAAUCAUGUUCAUGGGCACACCUCACCAGGGCGGCAACGGAGUGCAGUUCGGAAAGCUGCUGGUGAAUACGGCAUCGGUAUACAAGGAUACCAACAGCCGGCUGCUAGAGCAUUUGGAGCGAGACUCGGAAUGGCUCCAGCAGCAGCUUAGACAGUACGGGCCAAUCAGUGGGGAGUUUAUGACGAAGUUUGCGUACGAGGAGUACGAGACUCCGACAGUGCUGGGUCAUUCAAUCAUGGUGGUGCCAAAAGCAUCUGCGGUCGUCCCAGGCGCAGCCGACGCUGAGCAGAUCAUGAUCCACGCGGACCACAAAGAAAUGGUCAAGUUUGAGUCAAAAGAGGAUAAUGACUAUGAGAAAGUUUCAGACCAUUUAACUAUUAUGGUUGAAAGUGCAGGUAGCGUUAUCGGCCUACGGUGGGAAGAAGAGGUUAGGGUUGAUGCGGGUCGAAGCAAUCUUGAAGAGAGCUUUUCUGUCGUCUUGAGCUUGUCUGAGGCCUCUGAGACCGAUAACUUUGUUGCGAGACAAGCGGAGCUCGCUACAAUGCACAAGGCGCUCAGCGAGGGCACCGGUCGUCAAGCAGUCACUCUGCACGGCCUAGGCGGGAUCGGGAAAACGCAGCUGGCGAUUGCAUACGCCAAGGCCCAUCGAGACAACUAUUCGGCGAUAUUCUGGCUGAACAUUAAAGACGAAGUGUCAGUGAAGCAGAGCUACUCGCGGCUAGCAAAGCGGAUCUUGCAGGACUGCCCAUCAGCCAGCCAGUUAGGUGUUUUCAUAGAUGACGAGAAGCAAGAUGAAGUGGUAGCAGCGGUCAAACGGUGGCUGGAGCAUGCCAAGAACACGCAGUGGUUAAUGGUAUUUGAUAACUACGACAACCCUAAGGUGGCAGGCAAUGCGGAUCCUGGUGUAGUUGAUAUCCGGCAGUUUCUGCCCGAAGCACACCAUGGCUCGGUAAUCGUUACGACAAGGUCAUCGAAGGUCAGUAUGGGCCGUCGCGUGAAGGUAGACAAGUUAGAAGACGUCCGCGACAGUCUGCAGAUCCUGUCUGAUGCAUCGCAUCGCGAGGGUGUGAUAGACGAUCCCAAUGCCGUCAAGCUUGCUAGAGAGCUGGAUGGACUGCCAUUAGCCUUGGCUACGGCGGGCGCCUACCUUGAUCAGGCGGCAACAAGCUUUGCUGACUACCUUGGUCUAUACCGGGCGUCAUGGCGAAGGUUGCAACAAAUAAGCCCUAAAGUAAGCACAUACGAAGACCGGCAACUGUACUCAACAUGGCAGCUAUCUUUAGAUCACAUUAAGCAGCAGAACGAAACAUCAUCCAAGCUGCUUCAGCUGUGGGCAUACUUUGACAACCAGGACAUCUGGUUUGAGCUUCUGAGAGAAGGGAGGACUAAUGGGCCGCAAUGGCUUUGUCAACUAACAGAGGACGAGCUGAUUUUUACCGAGGCAAUGAGGUUGCUAUGCGACUACGGUCAACCAAGAAUGGGAUUCUGA